AGAAUGUGGGCCCUGCCGAGGCUGUGUGCCUAGAUAACCCAUGGAGAACUGACGAGAGCUACGCUGGAUGGAGGCCAAGACUUUGGACAGCGAAGGCGAGGAAGCGCAUUGUAUCGCCGAUCACUUGUGCGGUUUGUUUCCUCACAUAGAAAAGUAACAUUUCUGCAAUGUGCCUGCUCUGCUCUUACUCAAAUCCUGCUCCACAAUGGCAAAAAGGAUCCAGAUAGUGGUUCAAGGCUGAAGAUAAACAUAUUUGUGGAACAUAUAGACUUAUUUACAAAAUACUGUGAGGUGUUUUGAUUGUGGACUAUAUUUAACAGUUGAAUUAUAGCGAAAACAAUGGCUUUCCAGUUAGUGUUGCUAGCGGGUUUGGUGCUCACAGGAUUAGCGCUAAAAUACGAAGGGGGUCCCGGACAGUGGACACGCUAUGCCCAGUGGGAUGCUAAAACAACAGGAGAGUUGAGUUUCAUCCUCAAAACUAAUACUAGCAAAGCACUGGUCUUGUAUCUGGAUGACGGUGGUAACUGCGACUUCUUGGAGCUCCUUAUUGCAGAUGGUAGGCUCCAGUUGCGCUUCACCAUUCACUGUGCCGAGCCUGCCUCCCUCCACACAGAAACACAUGUCAGUGACCAGCGCUGGCACCGUGUACUGCUGACCCGGGACCACAGGGAGACCCGGCUACAGGUGGACAACGAGCUGAAGACUGCGGAGGUCAAGUCCAAGAGGAAGGAGAUGGUGGUGGAAAGUGACCUGUACGUGGGUGGUAUCUCUCCAGACGUUCGUCUCUCUGCGCUCACGUCCAGCACGGUCAAAUAUGAGCCCAGUUUCCAGGGAUUCAUUGCAAAUCUGAAGCUUGGGGAGGCGCUGCCGGUGCUGCUGGAUGGCCAGGGGGUGCACAGUGACCUGGAGUACAUCUGCGAAGAAGACUCGCCCUGUUUUCACAUGGGACAAUGCUCCGUGAGCCAGGGAGAGGUGCUGUGUGACUGCAUCAACACCAGCUACAAGGGGAGGUACUGCCAAGAAGGUAUCCAGAAGGAAGUGGAAGGUCUGGCGCACCUGAUGUUAAAAAGCCAAGGUCAGGAGGAGUCUAUCGCCACCUUUAAAGGCAAUGAGUUCUUCAGCUACAAUCUCUCUCAGACGCCCAUUCAGAGUAGCCUGGACGAGAUCACGCUGUCUUUUCGCACGCUGCAGAGGAAUGGUCUCCUGCUCCACACGGGGAAAUCAGCCGACUACGUCAACCUCUCCCUGAGGAACGGAGCGCUGUGGCUGGUCAUAAACCUGGGCUCUGGGGCUUUCGAGGCGCUGGUCGAACCCACCAGCGGCAAGUUCAACGACAAUGUAUGGCAUGACGUAAGAGUCACAAGGAAUCUCAGACAGGUGACUAUCCUGGUGGAUGGGAUCCUCACCACCACAGGCUACACCCAGGAGGACUACACCAUGCUGGGCUCAGACGACCUCUUCUACAUCGGGGGCAGUCUAAACACAGCCGACCUGCCUGGGUCUCCUGUCAGCAACAACUUCAUGGGCUGCCUGAAAGAUGUGGUCUACAAGAAUAAUGAGUUUAGGCUGGAGCUGUCACGCCUGGCCGAGCUGCAGGACCCAAGGAUCAGUAUCCAUGGUGAUCUGAAGUUCAGCUGUGAGAGUGUUGAGGCCCUUGAACCAGUCACCUUUGACAGACCCAACUCGUACCUGAUGCUGCCCAAGUGGAACACCAAGAGGACUGGAGCCAUCUCCUUGGACUUCCGCACCAGCGAGUCCAGCGGGCUCCUCCUCUUCGGACACGGCAGUCUUAAAGGUAACCAGACGCCCCGUGCAGACUUCUUUGCCCUGGAGUUGUUGAAUGGCCUCCUCUACAUGGUGAUGGACAUGGGCUCGGGCAGCGUCAAAAUGAAAGCCAGUGAAAAGAGGCUAGACGAUGGCGAGUGGCACCAUGUGGACUUCCAGAGGAACGGACGAAACGGGUUUAUCUCGGUCAACAGCCAGAGCGUGCCCUUCUCUGCCAAUGAAGGAAGCGAGAUCUUGGACUUGGACGGAGACAUGUACCUGGGAGGUCUGCCUGAAGACCGCCACAGCAUCAUGCUCCCCCCGGAGGUGUGGACAGCCACUCUGGGCUUGGGCUACGUGGGCUGUGUGCGGGACCUCUUUAUUGAUGGACAGAGCCGUAAUUUGUGGCGCCUGGCCGAGGUGCAGAGCGCUCCAGGUGUGAGCAGCCUCUGCACCAGGGAGACUCACGUGAGGUGUCACCGAGACACAUGUGCUAACGGGGGGCACUGUCGAGAAGGCUGGAACCGGCACAUCUGUGUCUGCAAUGGCACCGGCUACACAGGCCCCAACUGUGAGACAGAGGCUACCACAGUGAGCUACGACGGCAGUAUGUAUUUGAAGGUGCUGCUGCCCAGGACGCUGCACACAGAGGCAGAAGACGUGUCCCUCCGGUUCAUGUCCCAGAGGGCUUUUGGGCUCCUCCUCGCCACCACCUCACAGCAGUCGGCCGACACCAUGCGACUGGAGCUGGACGGAGGGAGGGUCAAACUCACUGUCAACCUGGAUUGUAUCAGGAUAGACUGUAACCUCAGUAAGGGACCAGAGAUUCUGCUGGUGGGAGAGAAGCUCAACGACAAUGAGUGGCACACAGUGAAGGUGGUGCGACGAGGGAAAAAUCUGCAGAUGUCUGUGGAUAAUGUCACUGUGGAAGGACACAUGACCGGCGCCCACACUCGUCUGGAGUUUAACAACAUAGAGACAGGCAUCAUGACCGAGAGGCGCUUCAUCUCCGUCAUGCCAUCCAACUUCAUUGGCCACCUGCAGGCGCUGUCCUUCAACGGCAUGCACUAUCUGGACCAGUGCAAGAACGGGGACAUCUCCUACUGCGAACUCAACGCCCGCUUUGGAAUGAGGCACAUUGUAGCCAACCCGGUCACUUUUCUCACCCAAGCCAGUUACCUGGCCUUCUCCACCUUACAGGCCUACGCCUCCAUGCACCUGUUCUUUCAGUUCAAAACCACUAGUCCUGACGGGCUCAUUCUGUACAACUCUGGAGAUGGCAGCGACUUCAUUGUGGUGGAGCUAGUCAAAGGCUAUAUCCACUAUGUUUUCGAUUUGGGGAAUGGACCUUCCCUAAUGAAGGGGAACUCUGACAAGCCUCUCAAUGACAACCAGUGGCACAAUGUGGUGAUCUCCCGAGACAGCAACAAUGUGCACAUUCUGAAAAUAGACUCGCGCACCGUCACCCAGCAUGCCAAUGGAGCCCGCAACCUGGAUUUAAAAGGUGAACUGUACAUUGGUGGUGUGGGGAAGAGCAUGUACGGCAGCCUGCCCAGACUCAUAGCGUCUCGAGAGGGGUACAAAGGCUGCCUGGCAUCUGUGGACCUGAACGGGAGGCUCCCCGACCUGCUGGCGGACGCCCUUCACAAAGUGGGCGAGGUGGAGCGCGGCUGUGGAGGUCCCAGCACUACCUGCACAGAGGACUCAUGCCAUCACUCAGGGGUGUGUCUGCAGCUGUGGGAGGGCUUCUCCUGUGACUGCACCAUGACCACCUACGGCGGACCCUUCUGCAGUGACCCUGGGACCACGUAUAUCUUUGGUAAAGGAGGGGCUCUCAUCACUUACACCUGGGCCCCAAAUGAGCGCCCCAGCACCCGAGCGGACCGCCUGGCCGUGGGCUUCAGCACGCAGCAGAAGGAUGCCAUCUUGGUGCGAGUGGAGAGCACCCACGGGCUCGGAGACUUUCUUCAGCUGCACAUAGAUCAAGGCAAGAUCGGUGUGAUCUUCAACGUGGGGACCGAUGACAUCAUCAUCGAUGAGCCCGCUGUAGUGGUAAACGAUGGCAAGUACCACGUUGUGCGCUUCACACGCAGCGGUGGCAAUGCCACUCUCCAAGUGGACAACCAUCCGGUCAUUGAACGCUACCCUCCAGGACACUAUGAUAAUGAGCGACUGGCUAUUGCUAGACAAAGAAUCCCAUACAGACUUGGUCGGGUAGUUGACGAGUGGCUACUCGAUAAAGGGAGGCAAUUGACCAUCUUCAAUAGCCAAGCCGCCAUCAAAAUCGGCGGCAGUGACAAAGGCCGUCCGUUCCAGGGGCAGAUAUCGGGCCUGUACUACAAUGGCUUACAGGUGUUAAAACUUGCCGCCGAGAAUGACCCAAGUGUGGAGGUGGAGGGGAACCUGCGUCUAGUGGGAGAUUCGCUCACAGCUGUCACCACGGAUACGACCUCAGCGACCCCGUUAGCCGUGUCCGACAUGUCGACCACCAUCAUGGAGACGACCACCACAAUGGCCACCACAACCACAAGGAGGCAGCGCUCGCCAAGUCUGAGAGAGAGCAUCUCCAAGCCACAAAACUCUGAUGAUAUUUUAGUGGCGUCAGCUGAGUGCCCCAGUGACGAUGAAGACUUGGAGGAGUGUGAACCAGGAACAGGAGGUGAAUUAGUGUUGCCUAUUAUAACAGUGGAUUCCCUUGAGCCCCCCUCCAUCGCUACCCGUUUCCCUGUGAUCCCGCCUCCCCCCACCCUCUUGUCCCCGCUCGAGACCACCAAAGAGUCCCUCAUCCUACCCCCCCACCCCUCGUCCUGCCCCCCAGACCAGGAGGACUGCGGUGACCCUGUGGAGGUGUCUGCCUUUGGCUCCGGAGAGAUGACCGAAUCGGACGACGAGGACUUUUACCGUAAGAACUCCCCCAUGGUCACUGACAGGACAGUCCUACCUCCGCCGCCCCCUGCUGGUGAGGGCGGGGUCCACAAACAAAAACCACCCCGUCCUAUACCUCCUUAUGUCCCAACCACCAACCCUGACCAGCUCCACAUCCCCGCAGGCAAAAUGAACACCCGCGACCAGGUGCUUCUGCCCCCUGCCGCUCCUCCCUCCUCCCGCAACACACCAGGACUAACCUACCCACCCAAUUUUCCCCAUGUGCCCACAGCCAAUCCCACCGCCUUGGAUGAAAAGAACCUGCCAGGUGCCGUGGAGGUCAUAAGGGAGUCGAGUAGCACAACCGGCAUGGUAGUAGGGAUCGUGGCUGCUGCUGCCCUCUGCAUUCUCAUACUGCUCUAUGCCAUGUACAAGUAUCGCAACCGUGAUGAGGGCUCCUACCCGGCAGACAACAGCCACGGUUUUGCCAAUAACUCGUCCAUGGAGGGGAACGGAGCAGUGAUAAAGGACAAAACCACGCCAACAGGCUCAGUGGCAAAGGCAAUCACAAAGGGCAAAAAGAACAAGGACAAAGAGUAUUACGUCUAAAAAAAAGUGUUAUGUGUGGACAAGACGCUUUUUCCGUUUCUGUGGCCAUCAGAGAAGUCUCACAACAGCUGAUCGAAGCAAAGCAAAUGUUUGAACUGUGGUAUUAUUCCUUAAAAAGUCAAGGUUGCGCGGUUUCCUGUUCGUGUUCAAAAAGAUCUGACUCAUCCUUCGUGUCACAACAGGACAGCAUUCACCACCUCUUUGUAUGUGUGUCAUUUUUUAUGUUUUUAAUGAGGUCCGAAGUGGAGGCAUAACCACUCUUGGCUUUGUAUAUAGCAUGGAUACGUCUCGGUAAACAAGGUGCUGAGGACAUCCGGACAGAUCUGCCUAAAUGUUUUCUUUGUACUUCUUUGUAACGUUCAAAUUCCAGCGUCCUUCAUUACGAUAUAUGAGGCAGAACCGAAUAGUUAUUGGAUUUUAUUAGAUGAGCUAAGGGUAUUUCUGCUAAAGUAAGAUUUUACAAGGAUAAGUUGAAGUAUUUGCUGCCUAUAACUCUCCAAUCACUUUCACUACUCAAAAUGGUGUAAUAUUGCUGGUACUAACAAAGCAUGACUUUAAGCUCAUUGAUGAAAAAGGAGAAUUCAAUAAAAAUAAAAAAUAUAUAUACCUGAGCCAGUAACUGUACGCGGAUGGGCUUUUCCGGUGAAAAGAAAUUGUCUGUAAACAUUGCUUGUAUGUACAUAUAGAGUAUAGCAGAAGGCAAAAUGAAUGCAAGGGAGAAGAGCUAUGAAGAGGAGAUAUUAUCCAAGAUGCUCCCCAUCUUUACAAUACCAAACCGCCGCAGCCCGAACUUUUACUUCAGGAGUUUUUGUGAACACAGAAUCAUUUUCGAAGGGAUUUUCCUUUCUGGUGCAAAAAGGACUGCCUCGGGCAUUGUGAGGCGGGGUCACUGUACUGUUUUCCUUUGUCUGUCAUGGGAUAAAUGCAAAAGCACACUGAUAAUGUAAACCUAUCUGGAAGACAUACCGUAGAUAUUUCAUGUAAAGGAGCCAGACGUAAUGAUUUUUUUUUUCCUAUCAGUUACUAUAAAGACUAUUCUAUGAGAUGAAUAAUUGAAAGUUUGUGAAUUGUAUUGAUAUUUCUCUGAUAUUUCAAUGUAUCUUAUUAUCACUCCUUAAAAACAUGUUACAUUUUAAAAUUGCCUUUUUUCUUAAGUCCAGACAAUAAGCACACUUCCCUCCGACAGCUGCAGACAUCUUUUGCAUUAUUUAAAGAUCCGAUUACAAAAGAAAACACAAGGGUGGCAAACAACAAAUGUCUGUGUUGUUGCAUUUUAUAUGUGUUGAAUUUGUUAACCAUCGGAUCAGAUAAUCUAAAGCCAUCUUCUCUGUUUUGUUUUGUCACCAUUUUACUUAUUCAUGCUCAGUGAUUUCCUCUUAUUUUUAUGAAAGUGCCAUUCGAAAUGAGCGGCUCUGUGCUCAGAAAAAUUUCAUUCCUCACUCAUUGCUAUUGUAUAGUGUUCAUGUGAAAUGGAUAUGUGUACAGAACGUGGAUA